CCUCCCUCCUCCUCCUCCUCCUCCUCCUUCUCCUCCUGGGCGUCAUGGCCGCCUCGAAGCCCGUGGAGGCGCCGGGCACCGGCGGCGGCACCGCCGGCCUGUCCCGGUGGCAGCUGGCGCUGGUGCUGGGCGCGCCCAUCCUGCUGGGCGCCGGCGCGAUCUAUAUGUGGGGGCGGCGGGCGGCGCGGCGCGGGAAGGGCGCUAGCGAACGGAAGACCCCCGAGGGGCGGGCGAGCCCCGGCCCCGGCGGCGAAGGCGGCUCCGGGCAGCCCGACGGGACCGGAUACGAGGAGAUGAGUCCUCUUGGUAGAGCCCAAGCAGCCAAGAACAAAGGAAACAAAUACUUCAAAGCAGGAAAAUAUGAGCUAGCUAUUCAGUGUUAUACUGAGGCUAUCAGCCUGUGUCCUCCUGAGAAAAACCUUGAUCUUUCUACCUUCUACCAAAACAGAGCUGCUGCCUAUGAACAACUGCAAAAAUGGACAGAAGUGGCACAAGAUUGUACAAAGGCUGUUGAGCUUAACCCUAAAUAUGUCAAAGCUCUCUUCAGACGUGCGAAGGCCCAUGAGAAGCUAGACAACAAGAAGGAAUGUUUAGAAGAUGUCACUGCAGUCUGCAUUUUAGAAGCCUUCCAAAACCAGCAAAGUAUGUUAUUAGCUGAUAAAGUUCUUAAACUCCUUGGAAAAGAAAAGGCCAAAGAGAAGUACAAGAAUCGGGAGCCUCUGAUGCCCUCACCACAGUUCAUUAAAUCCUACUUCAGUUCUUUCACAGAUGAUAUAAUUUCCCAACCUUUGCUUAAGGGUGAGAAAUCAGAUGAAGAUAAGGACAAGGAGGGAGAGGCUUCUGAAGUAAAAGAAAACUCUGGCUAUUUGAGAGCAAAACAAUAUAUGGAAGAAGAGAACUAUGACAAAAUUAUCAGUGAAAGCACAAAAGAAAUUGAAGCAAAGGGAAAAUACAUGGCAGAAGCUUUGCUUCUGCGAGCUACUUUCUACUUACUUAUUGGCAAUGCAAGUGCUGCCAAACCAGACCUAGAUCAGGUCAUCAGCAUGGAAGAUGCAAAUGUGAAGCUGCGAGCCAACGCUCUGAUCAAACGGGGCAGCAUGUACAUGCAGCAGCAGCAGCCUGUGCUGUCCACACAGGACUUCAACAUGGCAGCUGACAUUGAUCCUCAGAAUGCUGAUGUUUACCACCAUCGAGGACAACUGAAAAUCCUGCUUGACCAAAUUGAGGAGGCUGUGGAAGACUUUGAUGAAUGUAUCCGAUUGCGACCCAAUUCUGCCUUGGCGCAAGCACAGAAAUGUUUUGCUCUGUAUCGUCAAGCUUAUACAGGAAGUAAUGCUUUGACUGUGCAAGCAGCCAUGAAAGGCUUUGAAGAUGUCAUAAAAAAAUUCCCAAAGUGUGCUGAGGGCUAUGCACUCUAUGCUCAGGCACUAACUGAUCAACAGCAGUUUGGCAAGGCUGAUGAAAUGUAUGAUAAAUGCAUUGACCUUGAGCCGGACAAUGCCACUACAUAUGUUCAUAAAGGUUUACUUCAGCUCCAAUGGAAGCAAGAUUUAGACAAAGGAUUAGAACUCAUAAGCAAGGCCAUUGAAAUUGAUAACAAAUGUGAUUUUGCAUAUGAGACCAUGGGAACGAUUGAAGUGCAAAGAGGUAAUCUGGAUAAAGCCAUUGAAAUGUUCAACAAAGCUAUCAACCUGGCCAAAUCGGAAAUGGAGAUGGCCCACCUCUACUCACUCUGUGAUGCUGCCUAUGCUCAGACAGAAGUUGCAAAGAAGUAUGGAUUGAAACCACCAACACUGUAAAGAAACAAGGAGGAAAUGAUCUUCCAAAGUGAAGUUGCCCACUUCAGCCAGCCCUAAAGAAACUGUUGCAGACCAUGCUGAAUGGUGGAACUUAUUUUUUUCCCGUUCGUGGUGUUGUCAUUUGCUACAUCUGUUAAAUGUUUAGGUGUUGUGGGAGUGGUUGUUCAAGGAAGUAUGCAGUGCUGCAUCUUGUUCCUUCUGCAGCAGAAACCUUAGAGUGUGUUAAGGAAAAUAAAGUUGCAGGGGAACCAAAGGAACAUAUUUUGGCCAUGCAAAUAAAAACUUCACACUGGUUCAUUUUGGGUGAUUAUGUUGUGGGCGAUUUUUGCUUUAUCAAAUAAUAUUACAGCAUGUGGGUUUUUUUCUUGUUGAUUUUAAAGGUAAUACUAGUCAGUGCUGUAAAAUAGGUUUUAUAUCCAAUUAAUCCUUGAGGGUUGAUUUUAAUUCUGCAAAAAUUAAUUUUCAAAUUUAAUAAUAGAGGGUUUUUUUAAGUCAGUAGAUGUGGAGAAGAUACAUGUACAUAUAUGCAAGCAUGCACAAUCUUCCCUUAAAUCCCCUUCCACCCUCUGCAUAACUUCCUUAGAAAUAGUCCUGUGGCAGCUAUUAGGGAAUUAAUUUGAUAGUCCUGAUUCUCACCCCAGAAAGCCCUAGAGUACUGCAUAGGAGAGCUAGGAAAAAGGUUGGCUGGGGAAGGAGGUCAGGUAACACUGCUUCAGUGUAGGCUUUACUGGAAGAAAGAAUGUAUUCCUGUGCAGCAGUCCUUACUUGAAUGUCACAGGAAAUUGUUCUGGAGGGUUCAGAAGGACUUUCAAGAACAGAAAGCACUGCUGGGAGUCAAGCUCCAAAAGGUAAGGUCAUGCUUGCAUAUAAUCUUUGUAAUCUCUGAUGCUUUUGCAUAAGGGUAGCAGCUGACAGACUAUCUAAAUUUUCUUCAGUCUCUAGAGACUGCUGGGUUAAGAUCUCCUUUUAGGAGCCCCUUGGCAGGAUUAAGUGAGGUAAGGAACAAAGCAUAGGCUCAAACUUCCAAUAAUGGAUUUGCAAACUGCACUCAUUUUCUUGUUCUGUAGACCCUGUCUUGUCCAAGAUUUCAAAUACUGUAGAAAGGAAGCAAUUGUGCUGCAAACAGUAGAUGGGCAAAUUAUGAAAGAGUUUUCCCUCUCAUUAGGAACUUCACAGAGGGCCCUCUUGCUUUCGGUUGAUCUUUCUGGUGUGGAAGUCAGUCCAUCUUACCUUUCCCUGGACUGAUGUGGCUGGAUAAACUUCAUGCAAAUGAUGUAGCUUAAUUUAUGACACACUAGUUUGGGCUUCUUUCCAUCCUGAAAUCAUAGAUUUGUUUGUGGUGAAUUGUCUAAUGUAUUUAACCUUUUAAAGAAAUGAAUGAUGCUGUAGUCAAACUGUCUUGGUCUGUAGUUGUGCCACCAUACAGCAGCAGCUUGCAUUUUCAACUUGACCUUCCUUUCUCCCAGCAACUACAGUUGAGUAUGCAAAUGGUAGAGAGCAGAGAUAAAGAUUUAAUCAUUAUUUUAGUAGCUCAUUAGGUGAUCUGAAAUCAUAGCACUGGUGUAAAAUUGAAGAUAUGGGAAGGUACUGACAGCUUCUAGGGGCACUGAACGUAACAAGUGUCAAAUAUCUUCUCCAACUUCCAAUCUCUGCAUCAAUUACCUGAGAACAAAAAUAUGCCAGGCUGAUGAGUCCUGUUCUCGAGGAGUUUUUAUUAGCAUGGCCUUAUUUACAUUGGCAUUUUCUUCUCAUCACCCCAUCUGUACCCCAUUCCUUACCCUACCCAAUCAAUUAAGGGAAAAAAGCAUGUGCUGUCAAUUACUAGCAUUCCAAAUCAUCACAGACUUUUGCCUGUUCUUCAGCUAGUUUCAUACUGCACUGAAAGGAUGCAUUGACUGUAUUUUUUUUGUAAAUGACAUAUCACCUGUAAACUGAAAAAAUAAAUACUACCUUCAAGUA